AUGCAAGAGUAUAUUGGCGACUUUCGACAGCGCAGACAGAGUGGGAGUUCUGUGGCAGGGAAGGAGACAGCGGUGCCCGAUGAGAGUUUGGAUGAACUUGCUCAGAUGGAGCGCGGCUUUUUCGCGAACGCAGCGCAACUGCAGGCUAACGAAAGGGAGUUGGAGGCGCUAGCGAGAAAAACUGAUAAGUUGAAAGAGGAGCUUAUUGCUAGGCAUAAGAGGAAGGUCGGGCACUAUUGCGGUCUGUGA